AGCAAAGUUGCUUAGACAUUGCAACUUAUUCAAAAUCAAUAUUUUAGGGCAACUCUAUAACUAACUCGUUUUUCUGUCAACUUUAGUAAAUUUUUUUUAACCAUGGUAGUAGAAACUGGUGUUAACAAACUUGUUCGACUUCAAGGUAAAAUUGAAGGUAUUAACUCAAAAAUUGAUGAAGCCGAUCUUAGAAGAGCAAACGCAAAAAGUAGCAUUGUUGAAGCAUCAAGUCGCCUUGAAAAAGCAGAGGGAGAAGUUGCAAGUUUUCAAAGACGAAUUCGGUUGGUUCAACAAAACUUAAAUGACGUCACCGAAAGGGCUCAAAUGCUUCAAAGCAAAGUAGAUAAUUUAGAAGAUGUCAGUGAAUCGGUAAAACAAGCUAGAAAUCAAUACGAAGAAGAAGAAGCAGAAUCAGAUGAAAAAAUUCAAAGCCUUGAAGAGGAGGUGAAAGUUAAAAAACGUGAACUCGAAGAAAAUGAAAUUAAGCUUCGAGAAAAAGAACGACGAAACGUUGUUGUUCAUCGUGACAUUGAAGCUGCAACGGUUAAAGCAGAUGCAAUCGAAAAACGCAUAGAAAUAUUAGAGAACACAAUUAAAAAUGGUUUAGAAAGUAUUAAAGAUCUAGAGGAAAGGGAAGGUCGGACAAACGAGAAAGAAAAUAAUAUUGCUGAGCAAAUAUCCUUUCUUGAUAACAAGUUUAAAGAAGUUGAAAUUCGCAUCGAAGCUGCAGAACGAAACUGUAAUGUUUUAGAACAUAAUAUCAAAGAAACUUCCGAAGAAAUUAAAACAUGGAAACAUAAUACACAUGCAAUCGAGGAAGAAAUUGCUGCAAUGGAUGAUGUAGGUGACGAUGAUACCCAGUGAUACUGUUUUAUUUAUAACUGUUUUAGUUAUUUUAAUUUUUAUUUAUAUAAAAUUUUAAUUGUUAUUUAUUUUAAAUCUUUAGAAUUGUUAUUUUAGUUAAUUUUUUUGAAUAAUAACAAAACACUUUAUUCAAAAAAUAACAAAAAUGUAUCAAACAUUUUUGCCGAUAAACUUGAAUAUCAAAACCUA